AUGGUCUUUCAAAUCAAGCAAUCCAACGGUCACGAAAUUGCAAACUCUCUUAUCUAUGGAGUUGGAAGGGAAGAAAGACAGGCCUCAGAAGGAAAAGAGAGCGAAAGAAAGAAAGAGAGAGAGAUGCUGAUGCUCCGUCAAUGCCAUAUCUUCUCGUUUGAGCUCUUCCAAUCUCCAAAACAACCAGGGUGUUCUAGUUCAAGGAGUGUCCCUCUACCCAGAGCUCGUUUUCGCUGUAAUCUAGUCAGGAGCUCUGGUUUUAGAGCUAUGAGUGGCAAUGGAGAAACGAACUUAGGAAAACUCUAUCUGGGUAUGGACUUUGGUACUUCAGGAGCUCGAUUUACAGUCAUUGAUGAGGAAGGAAGGAUUAGAGCGGAAGGGAAUAGAGAAUAUCCUCGAUUCAUGAGCUGCCCUGAUGCUCUGCCUGAGGUUAAGUCUAUAGCGCCAGCCAACCACACAGUCUGCUCUGGUUCCUCUACCUUGUGCAAACUCGUCUCAUGGUGGAAUCUUAAGCUUCCCAACAGAGAAUCGGCGGUUUUGCUGCAUCAGGCAGAUUGGUUGUUGUGGUUACUUCAUGACAGACUCGGAGUGUCUGAUUACAACAAUGCCUUGAAGGUGGGGUAUGAUCCUGAGAGUGAAUCAUAUCCAUCUUGGUUGCUAAGUCAACCUUAUUCUCAAUUAUUACCUGUGGUACAAGCUCCUGGAACGUCAAUAGGCAACCUGAAAGAAAGCAUUACAAGGCAAUUCGGAUUUCCGGAUGAUUGCAUCGUCUGCACCGGUACUACUGAUAGCAUAGCUGCAUUUCUUGCAGCACGCGCCACAGAACAUGGGAAAGCAGUAACUUCAUUGGGUUCGACUUUAGCCAUCAAACUUCUCAGCACCACAAGGGUUGAUGAUGCCAGGUAUGGAGUCUACAGCCACCGCCUGGAUGACAAAUGGUUGGUCGGAGGAGCUUCCAACACUGGUGGAGCCAUUCUCAGACAGCUCUUCAGCGACGAGAAACUAGAGAGACUUAGCCGAGAAAUCAAUCCUAUGGUCGCAUCUCCUCUAGAUUACUAUCCUCUGCAAAGCAGCGGUGAAAGAUUUCCUAUAGCUGAUCCCAACUUGGCUCCCAGACUGCUUCCACGCCCAGAAAGCGACGUUGAAUACUUGCAUGGUCUAUUGGAAUCAAUUGCACGUAUAGAGGGGAAAGGCUACAAGUUGCUGAAAGAGAUGGGAGCAACGGAGGCUAAGGAAGUGUUGACAGCAGGAGGUGGGGCUAAGAAUGACAAGUGGAUAAAGAUAAGGCAGCGAGUUCUUGGUUUGCCUGUGAAGAAAGCUGUCCACACGGAAGCUUCGUAUGGAGCUUCUCUUCUUGCGUUGAAGGGCGCCAAACAAAACAGUGGAACGACUUUUGUUGUGGCUUGUGAAAAUGACUCUGCAAGGGGUGUUCCGAGAAUCGAACUCGGGACCUCUCGCACCCGAAGCGAGAAUCAUACCACUAGACCAAACACCCACUUUGUUUGGAGGAUGUUUAGGAGGUAUGGUAACCCCGCGGCGGAGCCUGAAUACGCGACAGCUCCAAUAGGUGUGUGGUGGGACAUGGACGACUGUCCGAUUCCCGAGGGUUAUGAUGCUCGCCAGGUCCGUGCGAGUAUAGAAGCUGCGUUCAAGAAACUAGGCUACUCUGGUCCUGUCUCCAUCACUGCCUAUGGCGACCAUAAACAGACCCCUGAUGACCACCUGCGAGGGCUGUCUUCCACUGGAGUCGCUCUUGCACAGACCAUUCCCGAAGUCACAUACAAGCGCAUGGGUUCAGACAUGAGGGAAUGGCGAGAUCAAAAUCCUCCCCCGGCUACAAUGAUGCUCAUAUCCGAUUAUGCGGAACAUGUCUUCUCAGGUAGUCUUGUCCGGCUCCUACAAAGGACGAAAUACAAGCUUUGUAUGGCUUAUUCAUAUAGGCCUUACAAAAUGUCAGUCCUGCUCACUUGUGCCGAGUGGCUUUGGGAAAGCUUACUUGCAGAGACAAGAAGACACCUUCUUCGCAAGUGCAGUGAAAGUGAAAGGGGUGGUGAAUCUACCGAAAUGUUCUAUUGCAAAUUGUGCUUUUGUGAUUGCAAAAGCCUUGAUGGUUUCAGGAACCAUCUCUCAAUUGGUGCCCAACAUGAAUGGAAAGAGCGUGCUAUUAGAGAGAAUAUUGAAUCACACAACUACGAUCGAGAGCAAUGUCAAAAGGCAAGUUUUGCUUAA